AUGGGUGGUUCCGUCGCUUCAUCCAAGUCUCCAGCCUCCGAGUUCAGAUACAGUCUUCACGGUCUACCCUACGCUUCGACGGCCCCUUCAAAACCUCCAAUCCGUGUGACGAGCACCACCUCGUUAUAUCGACUGCCCGACCCCGACACCAACGAGGCUCAGGGUUCUGUUGCAUCCGUCGGGGACGACGCGUCGACCUCGUCCAAUAGGAAAUAUAAUACGAACGCGUUACCUCACGAUGGAGAUUGGGUUCAAACCGCAGGUGCAGGCUCAAUCUCCGCGCGAGAUAGUCAGACAAGCCUCGAUACAAGGGCUCCCACAAUCAGCAGUUUAACGUCUGCCGCAGCGAGCGUACCUCAUAUCCGCGUGAAUGACACCAACUCCAGAGACUGGACGGCUCUCGACCACAACCUCAGUAGCAGUGCCCAAGAAGAUAGGCGAUGGUUGCCUCUGAGGAAAUCAAAGUCUGCCUCAGCAGUCUCUGGGAAGGAAGCACGAAGAGACGAUAAAUUCAGAGGGGUUGCUUUGGAUAUAGACAUCCCUACGGGUGGCUUCAGCGACGACCUGUCCACCACCAACAUCGAAUUCUCGAAGCGGGGGAGCAUGUUGAUCGAUGGUCGAAGGGUAAACCAGAACGUCCGCCGAAACUCGCCCUGUCUGGCGCCGAUUAUGGAUGACGACAAGAGAGAAAACGGGGAGCGGCAUGUCACAACCAGUGAUGCUGCUGCCUUGCCGGCUACGGCGCCAUCGUCCACGACGGCACGGAUUCUGAGGGAGCGGCAGCCGGUCAAAGUCCUUUCCGCCGAUGAGGAGAUGCUGUCCGAGAAGGUCCGAGGGUUCUAUGCCGCCGGCACAGAUGAGCAACAAGCUACAGAAUCCUCGACCAACCUAGCUGCGCGAAUGGGGGCACGAUGGCAGACAUCGUUGGUGGCUGAGGGCCAGAGUGUCAGUAUCCCAUCACUGUCUCGUGCCACAUCCACGACAGACCUCAAUGAUGAAAUCAAUAGUUCGACACAGUUCAGCGACACGAGGUCCGCAACCCAGAGCUAUACAAUACCCGAACGUGAGGAAAAUGAACUUGCUGGUGGGUUGGAAGACUGGCAAGAUGUCAACAGCGCUGAUGUUGAUCGCUUUGGCUUUAUUGUCACAAGACAACCGGCCACGACUGUUGACGGAGCCGAUGAAUCCAGGCCUCAAGGUUUGACCCGAGUUUCGACAAGUCUACAACUUGCCUCAGAAACUCCGCGAAGGAAACAAACCCUACGUCGAACUCCGAGUAGUGCCAACGGAUCAGCGAGAUCAGAGCGGGACAGACACAGCGGUGCAGAUCAGACGCCUCCACGGCCAUCAAGUUCCCAGAGUGGUUAUAUCCGUCGGCUUUCCACAGGCCGCCGAAGCGUAUCGUCGCGGCUUCCCGUGCUCGGUUCCAAAAACCGUCGUUUGAUGGACUCGGCCAUGGACAUGCUCACACUUCCUCGGUCAGCUCAGUCUGUGGUCGAGGACGGACAUGUACACAUUGACGAUGCUCGAGCUCGGCGGAAAGAAAUCGAGCGCGAGGAAAAGUGGCGCAAAAUGGCACGACCUAUACCGCCGGCCUUGGACCCCAAAACGGGCCUUCCUAUCGUUGGUGGUGGUUCCGAGACCGGCUACACUUUCGAUACCUCAUCCAGCAAGCUUAUCGAGCGGACGUGGAAGGGCAUACCAGAUAAAUGGCGAGCCACGGCCUGGCACAGUUUCCUGAGCACAUCCGCUUCGCGCCGUAAGGAUUGUUUGAGUGAUGGCGAACUGAUCGCUAUAUUUCAUGACUACCAAACACAAUCAUCUCCCGACGAUGUACAAAUCGAUAUCGACGUUCCUCGCACUAUCUCUUCCCAUAUUAUGUUCCGGAGACGGUACCGUGGUGGUCAACGACUUCUUUUCCGUGUCCUUCAUGCAAUGUCCUUACAUUUUUCGGAGACGGGGUAUGUCCAAGGCAUGGCCGCGUUGGCCGUGACGCUACUGGCCUACUAUGAUGAGGAGAAGGCCUUUGUUAUGCUCGUCCGGAUGUGGGAACUACGAGGGCUAGGUGAGCUGUACAAGGCUGGAUUCCAGGGGUUGAUGAAAGCUUUGGAUGAUUUCGAAACGGGUUGGCUAGGACAAGGUGAACUUGGACGGAAGCUGGACCAACUCGGCAUUCCACCCACCGCCUACGGCACCCGAUGGUACCUCACCCUCUUCAACUAUACAAUUCCAUUUCCCGCGCAGCUUCGCGUCUGGGACGUGUUCAUGCUUUUAGGCGACGACAACAUGACACUUUCCAAUUCCGCCACCCCUGCGACGAGUAGUGGCACCGCUACAACAAAUACCCAUUCUACCUCUCAUACCCCUCCGAGAAACGAUCAGUUUCCAUCACAGACUGGGAACAAUGACCAACCUCAACAACCCGACAAGCAAGCAUCCGCACAUAACGAUGACGGGUCACCGUCCUUCGGCACGACCCUCGACGUCCUGCAUGCCACUUCGGCUGCCUUGAUCGACGGCAUGCGCGACAUCCUGCUCGAGUCCGACUUUGAAAACGCCAUGAAGGUGCUCACCUCGUGGAUUCCCAUCCAGGACGAGGAUCUGUUGAUGCGCAUUGCAAAGGCAGAGUGGAAGAUGCAUUUGAAGCAUCAGCAACACCAGCAAAACCAACAGAGCCAACACAAAAGUCGAUAA